UGUGAAUGGAGGGGGGCGCCUGGAAACCGGUGGAAUCUGCACGGAGUGAGGAGAGCGAGCCUCUGGACUUCCAACUGCUCAGCAUGUGAACCGUCGCUCCGUGUGAAGUCAAGUCGAGAGGGGGGAAAAAAAAAAAACCCCGAUAGAAAAAUACGACUUUUUAAGUUUUAAAUGUUUGUUUUUAAGCGCCGAAACCACAACGCGUGAGUGCUACGACGCCUGGAAUAAUUCUGGUUCGCUUUACUUCGAAGAAAAUGGGACUUUAAGUGUGAUUUUUUUUUUUUUUUUCCGUUUCCCACCCCCCUCCGGAUUGGGAGUGAGAGUGGACUGCUUGGAGUCACUUACAAAGACCAUCAAGAAGUCAUGACACGACGAACGUUCCAUUCGGAUUAAUCUUCACUAAAUACGAGUAAAAACACGACUGCGGCCAUUUCUGCUCGGUGUACUCGGACUGUACGAUACGUGUUGCCGCAUUUAAUGUAGGUUUCCGUCGCUUUUUCGACCGUUUUUUUCAAGUCGCCCUACUUGGAUCAAAGUUUUUUCCUUCCUUCCCUCCCUCCCCCCACCCCCCUCUCUCUCUCUCUCCUCCUGCUCCUCUCCACCACCUCCUCCUCAACUAUGGCGGCGGCCGGGUCCACCACUGGCUCCGUGCUCCCGCGGAUCAUGUGGCUGCUUUGCGGGCUGUCCUCACUCUCUUCGGCUCAGCACUACAGCAGCGACAGCGGGAUAUCCGUGCCAGAACACGGGUUCUGCCAGCCCAUUUCCAUCCCACUCUGCACCGACAUCGCCUACAACCAGACCAUCAUGCCGAACCUCCUGGGCCACACGAACCAGGAGGACGCGGGGCUGGAGGUGCACCAGUUCUACCCUCUGGUUAAGGUCCAAUGCUCCGCGGAUCUGAAGUUCUUCCUCUGCUCCAUGUAUGCGCCGGUAUGCACGGUGCUGGAGCAGGCCAUCCCCCCGUGUCGGUCCCUGUGUGAGCGGGCCCGGCAGGGUUGUGAAGCCCUGAUGAAUAAGUUCGGGUUCCAGUGGCCGGAGCGGCUCCGCUGCGAGGCUUUCCCCGUGCACGGAGCCGGUGAGAUCUGCGUGGGCCAGAACACAUCCGAACCCAGCAGCCCGUCCUCCUCGUCGUCCCCGUACGCACCCGAACCGGUGACCCUUCCCCCAAACAUGGGUCGACCCAACCAACGCCCUCCCCCGCACAACCAGCACCACCAGUUCUCCUGCCCCCUGCAGCUGGAGGUGCCCUCCUACCUGGGCUACCGGUUCAUGGGGGUCAAGGACUGCGGGGCCCCGUGCGAGCCCAAUAAACCCACCGGCAUCAUGUAUUUCCGGGAGGACGAGGUGAAGUUCGGCCGGCUGUGGGUCGGGAUCUGGUCCAUUCUGUGCUGUGUGAGCACUUUAUUCACAGUGCUCACGUACUUAGUGGACAUGAGGCGGUUCCGGUACCCCGAGAGACCCAUCAUCUUCCUGUCGGGCUGCUACUUCAUGGUGGCGGUGGCCUACGCCGCCGGGUUCUUCCUGGAGGACAAAGUUGUUUGCGUGGAUAAAUUCAAGGAUGACGGCUACAGGACGGUGGCCCAGGGGACGAAAAAGGAGGGCUGCACCAUCCUCUUCAUGGUCUUGUACUUUUUCGGUAUGGCCAGCUCCAUCUGGUGGGUGAUUUUGUCCCUGACUUGGUUCCUCUCUGCCGGGAUGAAGUGGGGCCAUGAGGCGAUCGAAGCCAACUCCCAGUACUUCCACCUGGCCGCAUGGGCUGUCCCGGCCAUCAAAACCAUCACCAUCCUCGCCAUGGGUCAGGUGGACGGCGACGUCCUGACCGGGGUGUGUUUCGUCGGGAUCUUCAACGUGGACUCGCUCCGCGGGUUCGUCCUGGCUCCGCUCUUCGUCUACCUGUUCAUCGGCACGUCCUUCCUCCUGGCCGGCUUCGUGUCCCUCUUUCGGAUCCGCACCAUCAUGAAGCACGACGGCACCAAGACGGAGAAGCUGGAGAAGCUGAUGGUUCGGAUCGGGGUGUUCAGCGUCCUCUACACGGUACCGGCCACCAUCGUGAUCGCCUGUUACUUCUACGAGCAGGCCUUCAGGGAGCACUGGGAGCGCACCUGGCACAUGCAGACCUGCAAGCGGUUCGCCGUGCCCUGCCCGGUCCACAACUUCGCCCCCAUGACCCCGGACUUCACCGUGUUCAUGAUCAAAUACCUGAUGACCAUGAUCGUCGGGAUCACGUCGGGUUUCUGGGUCUGGUCCGGGAAGACGCUUCAGUCGUGGCGGCGGUUCUACAAGCGCCUUAGCAACGGUAACCAUGGAGAGACAACGGUGUAACGGCGAGGAGGAUUUAAAAGACACAAAGCGGAGUUUCUGUUUGUUAUUGGGGGGGUCGGGGAUAUAAUAACCGUGUAACAAUGAGGUCAAAUAGCUUUCAUUUUAAUACUAUUUUGGACAUAUUUUUUUUGUUUUUGUUGUUUUCAGCUUGUGACAGCAAUUCAGGCUUUUGGACACACGACUUUAAUCUAUAUUUGAUAGAAGUUGGACGACUUUUUUUAUAUAUAUAUAUCUUUUUUUUCAUCAUCAUCAUCAUCAUCAUCAGAGAGCACACACACACACACUGGCAUUUACAUCUGGAUUAUGAACUGGUGUAAAUGGCCACACCGCUCCCUGGACUCUUAAUGCCAGACUGGUGAAGUUACUUUUAGUAUGAAACCUCCCUCCCCCCCCUUCUUCUUCUUCUUCUUCUUCAUCCCCUCUCCUUACAUAUUAUUCAUUAUAUCCUUUUGAUAUUACAAUUUGAAUGUACUUUCUGUCUGCUCUAACAGAAAAAGACUGAUGGGUGAAGCAGUGUGGCCUUCUGUCCAUGGGGGGCAGUGAAAAGGUCAAAGGUUUGAUCCCUUUACAGCAGCCACACCCUCUAUGAAUUCAUGAAUGACGGAUGCCUGGAUUAUACAUGUACAUUUGAAGUUACUCUGCUUUUUUAAAAAUUUUUUAGCUAAAGACUGAAAUCCUUUAAUACACGUGUGUCAGAUAUUGCAGAGUACAAUCUCGACCUGUUUUUAAUUGGAGUAAUAACUCGUCAACUCCACCAUUAUGUGCCAAGUGGCUGCCCAGAAAUCAAACUUUUUUUCCUUUCUCAUUUUUUUUUAAAUUUCUAACUUUAUUUUUUAAUCUUUUUUCCCCCCUUUUUUUCAGACUUGUUGAGUAUUUGUAUUGAAUGUUCACUCCGAAAGGUGAAUGAAGUUAUGUAUUGGUUUGCACAGCUUAUCCUAAAGGUUAAAAGUGUUACAAAAAAAAAAACAAAAAAACGACUGAUUCACCACAGGGUGACCCGGAUCAAACAGCCGGAGACCACACACACACACACACACACACACACACACACACCUCCACACUCUGUAAAGAAGACACAACAGCUCAUUGUUUAUCUCCGUGUGUGGUCUCUCAACUGUUGGAUCCCCCCCCAUCAAAAAGACUUUUUAAAAUUUUUUUUUUUUUACUUUAAAGCUUUUAAGACAUCCAAAGCACCAUUUCAAGGAUCCAGAUUUAAUCCGAGCUCAGUGGAAAUGGUUGCUCGGGAUCUUUUAUAACGUUAUUUCAUCCUGGAUACAGAUGACUGUACACACACACUCACACCUGUAACUGAAUCUGCCUUACUCCCAUGUAAUGUCACUUGAAGUGUUAAAUGCUUUUCACAAGCGGACUGAACAUUUUUAGAGUUUGUUUUUUUAAUUAAUCAUUAUUCUAGUGUCUUGGGUACUUUACCGCAGCCUUCGAAACACAGAGAAAACUUUAUUUUUGUCUCUGUUUGGAAACAAGACUUCUGUUUUGAUGUUUUAAAUCACAGAGACACCAGGACAGAGGUCAAAGGUCACGAUUAUGUGUGAAUAUUUUUCUAUUUGGAGAGGACUGUGGAGUGUCUUAUCUGGUACCGAAUCACUAGACAUAAUACGGCAGAUUAUUACGACACAAUUGAUUUUGUUUGUUGCUGAACUUCGUCUAGUGAGCAGCUCAUAAUUCUGUUUUUAAACCCUUUUUAAAUACAAUAGGAGGGUAACACGUCAACUUAAUGCCUCUAACACAAUCCAAACAUGGGGUACAAGUCGGGACACAGGCUGUUCAGUUAUUUAAUGAUAAAGUCUACAUUAAACUGAUUUAGUCCCAUUGGUUAAGCCACUGUUACGUAGACUGGCUAUUUGAACAUAACCUAUUUAUCCGACUAAAUAAUCAAAUAAUUAAUGAUCUUGUGGGCAAACCUGAGCAGAAAAACACGUUUUAAAUCUGCUUUUAGGUGUUUGUUUGUUUUUUUUUUGGUCUUGUCCUCUACAUACACCCUGCAGCGACGAGGGAAGACUCACAACAAUACGACGUGUAAUCUAUAAAGCUGUGUCCUGAAUUCCACACUCAACUUACUCUAGCAAAUACACACCGCGUACUAAUGUUUCCCACGUGAAUGUACGACAUACCUCAAACCCUAAGUUUUUAAAGGAUUGAGUGAGGAACCAAACAGGGCGGCGCUCCACUUCACAGGUCAUCUCUCUCGUCCGUCACGUCUUUGCCUAACAAGGAAAAAAGUGUUUGUGUGUUAAUAAUCGUCUUCAGGCGGCUGAGAUCUGCCCCGUGUCAGCGAUCAGCGGACUGAUGUGUUUGUCUUGUAUUAAGUUUUCAGAAGGAAUAUGAGUGUGUGGGGUUAUUUUUUUUUUUAUUGGAACAUAGCGGUAUGCAACCUACCAUGUAAACACAGACUUUAAAAAAAAAAAAAAAGGCAUAUUGUAUUUAUGGGGUUACUCAUUUUCUUGUCUUUUUUAAAGUUUUUUUUUUUUUUUACUUGUUUUUUAAUGAGAUACACCUGUUGUAUGUGUACAGUUUGAAUAAAAAGCGAUGAGGUUUGUAA